GGGACUCGCAAGCAAGUUCGCACGCAUAUACCGGCGGCGUACAUUGGCGCACAGCCAACGGUGAAAUCGUUCGCCGGCUCCCAGCAAGAACGCGUCGUCGCCGACACACACAGCGUGAGCGCCAACUUAACCGAGGGGGAGAACGUAUAUAGAUAUAACCGCUAUCAAUCCUGUCGGUCGCAGGGCGAGUCGGUUCCGUGAAAAUGGCCGGGGAAAAGCGCAGCCAGGAUCAGGACGAGAUCUCGUCCGCGAGGACGGUGCUCGUCGACAUCGAGGGCACCACCACGAGCAUCAGCUUCGUGAAGGAGACCCUCUUCCCCUACGUGCGUCAAAACUUGAAAGACUACAUCGAGACAAAAUGGGAGGACGAGGAGUUCAAGCAGGAUUACGAAAAGUUAAAGGAUCAGGCAAAAAAAGACGAAGAAGAUAAAUUGGAUGGUUUUGUAGCGAUUACUGGUGACAAGCCUGAAGAAGAAAAAGAUUCGCUUUUGAAAAAUAUUUUGUGGCAAAUGGAUAACGAUCGUAAGACAGGUGCAUUGAAGCAAUUGCAGGGACAUAUGUGGCGUGAAGCAUAUAAAACAGGCGCGGUUAAAGGACACGUUUAUGAAGAUGUCCCUACAGCGUUCGAAGUAUGGACACGUAGUGGCAAAAAAAUAUAUGUUUACUCAAGUGGCAGUGUUGAGGCACAGAAACUCCUUUUCGGGCAUUCUGUACAUGGUGACUUGCUUAAGCAUUUUAGUGGUUUCUUUGAUACAGAAGUAGGUGCAAAGCAAGAAAGUGACAGCUAUAAAAAUAUACUGAGUAAAAUUAAUGAGAAAGCAUCUGAUGUUAUUUUCCUAACUGAUGUAGUGAAAGAAGCUACAGCUGCCAGGAAAGCAGGUUUAUCAACAAUAAUCGUAGUACGUGAGGGUAAUGCUGCACUAUCUGAUGAAGAAAAAGCUACUUAUACAACCAUUAAGUCUUUCUCAGAUUUGACAUUUCAAACGUCUACAAAGCGGCAAAAGUUAGAGACAACGGAUGAUACAGCUGAUAAAGGUACAGCUGAUGUCAGUGAGCCAAUGGACACAUCUGAAGAUGUAGAAAUGUCCGAUGUCAGCGAUAAAAAAGUUGAAAAAAACGAUACAGAAAUCAUUGAAUCGGUAGAAAAGAAAUGUAUAAAAGAUCAACCAGAAGACACUUCAGUUUCUUUAAAUCAAGCGAAAGAACCAAUAGCGGUUGAGAAAGAACUUUCAAGUAUUGAACAAGAAAUGACACAAUCUGAUGCCAAAUCUAAAGACAAAAAUGAGGAUACAGGUUCCUUUGAAAGUGUAAAACCCGUGAAAGAUGAUACUACAACUCUAACUACAAAAGAUGACGAUAAAACUACAGCAAAGAAAACUGAAGAAAAUUUGGAUACAAUUGCAACUGAAAUUACUACUGCUGAUGAUUCUAUAUCCGUAUCAGAAUCUGUAUCAAAGUCUGAGACUGCUCUCACGUCUUCCGAAAAAAAGAUUGAGAAUUCUACAGACGUUGCAAAAGAUACACAAGCCGAAAGUGUUGAUAAAAUUCAAACUGUUGAAGGUGACGAAAAGUCAGAUGGCAUUGAAUCACAGUCACAAAUUUGUGAUAAAAAUAUAGCAAACAAAUCUGAAGAAUGCUUGACAGCGAAAAAAGAUGAAGAAAAGAACGAAGCAAAGAUUACUUCAGAUACAUCAGAAAAAGAGAAUACUUUAACAAAGAACGAACAAGAAGUAACAAAAUUAGAGGCGACUGCAACAGAAAAUGGAAAGACCAUAGAAACAGUUGCAGAAAAAACAAUGGUAUCAGUAACGGUGACAGAAACGGAACCAACCAUUACGGACACAAGGAAAGAGGAAACGGCAUCUACCGAAGUAACUGCAGAGAAGAAUUUGGAAGCAAUUACAGAAUCUGAAAAAGUCGAUGAAAAGGCGGCCCAAGGAAUACAAACGAAGACGACUGAUGAUAAAUGCGAGAAUGAAACUACGCAGGAGACAAUAAAAGAAGAGGAGACAGUGAAAGAAGAGAAUGUAGUGGAUAAGGACAAAAAUACAGUGGAUUCGGAAAAGCAAAAACUCAAUGGAACCACGCAAAACGGAGAUACGGAUGUGCCAGUGUUGGAUGACAAAUUACAUAGUAACGGACUGAAUGAAGGAUCAUCGAAGGAAGCGACAAACGAGGACGCGGCGGCGCAAAAUGGUGAGCCCGAGAGUUUGUCAGAAAAUAGUGCGGAAUCCAUAAAAGUUAAAAAAGUCGUCGAUUCCGCCGUAGCCGACGGUGCCGGAGAAUCCGAUGUUGUUCCUCCUGUAGUUGUAGCGGCGACGUCUUAACUUUGUUCUUAUACAAUUUAAGGAAGCCCUUCAUGCAUAACCCCAGUCCACAAGUACUUAUUCGCAGAUAUAAACUGAUAUUAAUUGAUCCCCACGUAUACUUUAUGUAAAUCGUAUGUCAAAAACGUAAUGCGCUACUUUAAGAUGCAGUUCGUAAAAUCACCGUUUGUUUCGGCUCUAUAACGAGUGAAAGAAAAUUAGAAAAUAGAAGUAUGGUACGAAGAAAAAUGCUUCGGAUUUUUUAAAUUCUUUAGACAUUACUAUAGCUGUACAAUUCAAAUUCUCUUCAUAAUGAACAACUUUUAUUUAUACGAUGUCGUUAAUGUUUUAUGUUAGAUCGUAUAUAUGUUGCUUUCCUAUAUUGCGAAAGUAGACUUUGAUCGUUGAAUUUUUUCAUGUUUGAUUUUCGAUAACUGUAACAAUUUUUAACGAGGAAAGAAUGAAUUGUUAUAAUUAAACUUACAAAACCUUUUUAGCUGUAAUUCGCACGUGAUCGAUCUAGAAGUAAUGAAACGUGUCAUCAGCUAUGAUCAAUUACUAUGUAUUCUUGAGGGGCUUUUUUCUAAUAUUACUCUACACGACAUGUAUUAACAUCUUUUUUAUACCGCCUAAACGAAACAACUAUACACGAAAUCUGAUAGAAUAGGUAAUUUCAAUAGAGUUGCAGUAUGUUAAAAUAUCGAUUGUAUCUGUGCCAAAUGAAUUUCACUAUUUGAAAUUUGUUUCUUUCAUUUUUUUUUCUCUUUAAUGUCUUAAUAAUUCCACAAAUGAAAUUAAAAGAUCUGGUCGAUGUUUUAUUUUACUGCUACCGUGAAACCGACUAAGAAUUAUUUUAAGACUGUACUGCCUUUAACAGUUGCUAUCUUGUAGAUUAUAUUGUAGAUCUUCGUUGCGCACGGCAUAUUUAACUUUGUGAAUUGAUGAACAAUGCAUUUCAAGUCGAAUAAUUGUAGAUACAUCGCACAAUAAGCUUCACUCGAUAACAUUAAUUUUGCUCGCAUUUUUGUUAUGAAAAAUAGGGUUAUAAAAUUUUUUUAAUAUUAGGAUUUUUGCAUAUCGAUACGCUUUCUGCCAUCGUUUUGUCUGCCUAACAUGGUUCACGUAAUGUAAUUUUUCUUUUUGAACGUUGCAAUACGGAACCGUUAACUAUUUAAUAUCGCGAAACGUUUAUCAAAGAACCUAAAAAAGUGUAUUUUAGUUUCAAUAUAAUUUCGCGAUUUAGUUUGCAGCUACUCAGUUUUAGGAACUGGAUCUAUAUGGUUACUUGAAUGAUUUGGCUCAGUAAUUGGAAAAAAGUCACGUAGCCAAUUAGAUCCACUCUUUUUUAUAUUUAAUCACAUAAUUUGGAUUCGCGGAAGAGCAUAUCGAUUCGUAGAUUUACUCUGUCAUUCCUAUAAAUUAAUAUUGCGUUACAAAGUCUGCACGUGUGGAAUACAUUUAUAUUAUCGUUUUACAGUUAAUCUAAUAAUAAAUUCAAUCGCUUACAUAUUAUUCCACACUAAUGUACUCUAAAAGCUAUUACAUGGAAACGUUCAGGUAUCUAAAUGUAAAAUGCUAAAUGUAUGUACUUUGAUAACAUUUAAUAUUUAAAUAUACAUAUAUUGCACCAAAAAUAUGAUAAUAACUACAUAAAAUACUUUAUCAAAAUAUUCAUUUUUUAAUACUUUUUAUAUAAUUUUAGACAGCUUUUUAUAUAUUCUACUGUGGCUUUUAGUGUAUAUUUUUUCGUGUGCUUCUAUGUAGGAGUGUUAUAAUUAGACGAAUAGUGGCAAAGAUACUUUGUAUCAGUUAAUUAUUCAGAUUAUGUGCAAAGCGAUAAUAUAAAUAUAUUAUGUGUAGACUUCGCUCAUUUUUGUGAUGCUCAACAUGAUUUUAAAACGUCUACGAAAACAAUACUAGAAAAUAAUGACAAUAGCGGUUUAAAGUAGGAUCGCGUUUUCAGCAGAGAAUCGAUUAUUAUUACUUUUACUGCUAUUCAUUAUCCAUUCCUGUUAAAUUGACUGUGAUUUAAGAAUAUUAUAGACAUAGGUUUCUCGAAACAAUUCGUUGUUAUCAAUGCGCGAAAGCGAUCAUCAUUGUCGGAUGAUAUUUUUGCGAUUAUUUUUAUUCGGAUUUAGUGUGCCCGCGUCUAGUCGAAAUCAGUCAGAAGUUAGAAGUGGCGGAGACUUCUAUAGAUCGAUAGAUGAUUUCGCGUUGUUAGCUUUACAUUACGUUCGUCAACUAUGCUAGGAAGAUGCGAUGGGAACGCGACAUGUCUCGUACGUCUACCGGUCUACGCUAGUGUGCGUGAAACAGGAGCGACACAAAACCGAUACGAGAGCAAACACGAUUUGAUAUUUUACGAUAUAUAUUCUUGACAGACCUCGCAUAUAUUUUAUUUAUAAGUUUUCUCGAAAAAAUGUGUGGACGGUUCGAUACUUGCGAUACAGAUUGUAUUAGUCUCAUCAUUAUAUCACUCGUCUUGAAAUAGUUAAGACAAGAGCAAAUACUCGUUUUUUUAUCACGUUCACCGAGACACUAAUAGUCUAAGAUUCGUAAUCGAAUCAUUUUUUAUAUGUACAUGUACGAUGGCAUGGAUAAAUAACUCGAAUCUUAUCUAUUCCGUCGAAUGUAUACACAUUUUAAUGGUAAUUUUAAACUCUAUGUAUGAAAUAACGAGAAUGGCAGGUGUUAUGUCCUAUAAUUGCGCAGAUUGACUGAUAAAUCAAAUAACAGGAAACCCAAGAUACGAGAUUAUCAAAUUUUUCCUACCUAUCGACUGAUCGUUGAUAUUUUAUGCUACAAAAGCCCAAAAACUGCCACGAUUUAUAAUAAAAGUUAGCUCUAAGGUGAGGUGACGAUGUGCUCAAGGUUCUUCCCGGCUGACUUUCACGACAUCGCCCAAAUCAUCACUUCCAUAUCAUUCAUACUACUGUUUUGCGUCAAUAGUCGAGAAGGCCGAAACGCACAUCUUGAUCACACGUUUGAGCACCAGUCACGAUCAAUUCUCGAUCACAUCGUGUAAUCUUUUAACACCUUCAAUGUGAUUGUGCCAAUGAUCGUUUUAUUAACAUAGAAUGUUAAAUAUUUGUAUAUGUUCGUAAUUGAAAAAGUGACAUUUGCAUUUUUAACUUAUAAUCUUAGAAUGCACAAUCUCUAAUUGGGCUUCUACACAAAAUGUACAACGUUCAACGUGUUGAGUCUAGCGAAAAUCGAACUGAUUUGAGUGAUACGGAAUGAGAAAAGUGUUAAGAAUUAAACUGUUGACUAUUUUAACUCGAGAUUUGACUCAAAGAUCAAUUCUACUGCAUUCAGGCCUAUUUCGUAAAACUCAAUAAAACCAUAGAAAACCAACGAUAAUAGAGAUAAGUUCAAAUAAUCUUUUAAAAUAAGAUUUUGCAAAACUUAUGUACUUUAAACUCUAAAUAUUUUAAUAAAUUUCAUUAAUUAGAAUUUUCUUGAAGUAAAAUUUACUUGAAAAUAUUUUAAAAAGAAUUUUGUGUUUUUCUAUGUAUAUCUCAUGUGCGUUACAAUGUGUUUGUAAAUGUUAUUGAAUUAUUUAUUAGCGUAUUUCCUCCAAUGUGCGAAAUUUUUUAAAAUAUUUAAGACAAAGGGCCAAAUGCAUUCGAUAUAUUUUAACUCUUGUAAAAAACUAUUAAUAAGCAAAAUCCGAUGUAACACUGCCACGUUGUUUAUACGAAACUGUUUCGAUUAAAAUCCAUAUCAAUCUCUGUAUUACUAUUAAGAUUUCGAUUAUGUUUUGUUCUAAGACGACACGUGCAACGCAGUGUUCCGUAAUUUCGAGAUAAAUAAAGCAAUAGAUUUAUAAAUUACGACUCUAAUGAAAAAUAAAAACGAAAGUUCUGUAACAUCGCAUAUUUAUAUGAUUGUAACGCACGGAAAACUGCCGUCUGUUCAAAGCGUUAAAAUUGUACGAGCUAGACGAUCGAAAAAAUUAAACGUAGGACUAUUAACAAAAGUAACCUCACCAUAUUCAUUAGCGAUAUUAUUGUUUGUAAUUCAUUGGCUAUAUUAUCUGUAAUACAUCAAUAUAAUUGUAGGAGAGACAUAAGGACUUCAUCGAUAUUUUCUAAUUUUUAAGGCUAAGAUAACCCCGCGGAGAGAAGAGUGGAAGUCAAAUAUCAACAAGAUUUUUAAGUUAAAAUUAACAUUUUUUCUUGGUAAAAUUUGUUUCUAUUGUCUAUACUUAUUAAUGUUUCAAUUAGUGGUGAACAUGUAUAAAACGUUAAACAUACAUAUUUAAAAUAAGUAUAAUUUCUGCUAUGUAUAUGCAAUUUGGAUAACGUAUAACAAUAGUAUCUAAAUAUUUUUAAUUAUUGAAUCUAAAGCUAAGAAUAUUUUUAAUUUACAAUAAUUCGAUAUGGUAGAUACAUUUUGAAAAUGUUUAUUUUAAAAAAUUUUUGUAAUUUGUGAUUAAACAUUUUAUGUAUUUUAAGACGCAAAAGUAACAAUUACUGUUUUAAAAAACUAUGAGUAAAUAUCUUUUCCAUCAUUUUAAAUAUCAACCUCUUAUUUAAACUCGUCUGAUAUUUGAUUUUCACUUCUCCAAUUGUCCUAUAAACUUAUCGAAUUUUCCUUUGUUUUUUUCUUCUCACGCUUGUAAUUUCGACGAAUUAUUUAAAAACCGUCAGAGAUACUAAAUUUGAGAUUGAAUUGGAAUUUAAUCGAAAGAAAAAAUCAAUCUCAAGUUUUGUAAAUUUUGCUUUGAUUGGACAAAUUCCAAUCCAAUCUCAAUCUCUAGUCUUUGACCACGGCUUUGUUUUUUGUCCGAAAGAAAAUUAUGGUUAUUAUUCGUGAUGUUCUCGUAGAUAUCGAUGUGCAUGCAUUAACUUAUGAAAAUACGUGGUAUAUAGUUUGAAUUUUUUUUUUAUAUAUUUGUUUUCGUGAUACAUCGCGCUAUCGAAUCCGUAUAUAUAUAUUCACUGAAUAAAAUGAGUCUAAAAAGAUGUGUUGUACAAAAAACUAAUUAGUGAAUUUUGUUCUUUUUGAAUUUUGCAUUCGUAGAGCAAAAUAAAUGAAUUUUGCAGC